UUGAUUGGUGCUAGUGGUAUUAUCUUGCCGUCUGUAUUGUCUGCCGUUUAUUUUGUAUCGUUUUUAACGAUAGCGACAUUAUGGGCUCUCUAUUAUUCCAUGGGAAGAAAGUUUGCAUUCUAUCGAGGAUUUCUGCUGAUAUUUUCUGGUCUACAUAUCCUUACACUUCAUCUGUACCAGUUCCAGUUUUUCCAAGAUGGCGUCCCCCAUGACAGCUUGGUUGCUAGAUUGCUUGGUUUAACUGGUAUUAUAAAAACAGAUUGUAAUAAACCAUGGAUACUCAGUAUUCAUUCUGAUGUUAAAUGGGAAUAUUAUGUCAACCCUGGAAUAUUACUAUUAUUAUACUGGCAUUUGGUAGAUGAUGGUGAGAACCAGAAUUAUAGCUCAAUAGAAGCUACUAAUAAAGAUGAACCAACAGGAGCUACACCAAGAUCUAAUGAUGAAACAGAUGAAGAAGAUGCAUGGAGUAUCACUUUCCACAGUUGGUUAACAUUUGUGUUGUUAUUAGGAGCCUGUAUAUUAUGGAUGCUUCCUGAUUCCCGCAGAGCCUGUUUGAUUAUCUCCCCCUUGAUUACCAUCUACGGUGUGUGUCUGCUCAUUGCACAGUUUAUAUUCAGCUUGAAUCUAACAGAAGAUGAGUUACCAAGACAAACUGGAGAUUUAAGAUAUCGUGAAAUAGGUCUGAUGGAUUUGGAAUGUUAUGAAUUGGCACUACAGGUGUUCUUUGUACUGUUUUUCUGGUUGACAAUGAGGCAAUAUAUGAGAGAAAGACAAACAACACAAAAUACUCAGCAAGGAUUACAGUUACAUCAUGUUCAAAGACAAACUAGUACACUAUCAGACUUUAUUACUCGAUAUGUUUGGUUGAUACUGUGUAAAUAUUGGAUAUUUGUUUGUGUUGGAAUGCUGUUGUUGAUCUCAAUACAAGAUGUCGUGGUCUAUAGAAUUAUCUACAUGUUUCUAUUCCUCUACUUUAUACUCGCCUUCCAGUUCUCCUAUGUAGUAUGGAGAAAGACAAUGUUUUUAUUUUGGUGGGUUGUAAUAAUAUAUUCUAUGGCUGUAUUAAUUAUGAUCUAUACCUACCAAUUUGAUGCUUUCCCUCAAUACUGGAGUGAUGGUACUGGAUUUACUAAUGCUACAUUAAGUGAUAUUGGACUGGAGAGAUAUGAUACUGCUGGAUUAUUUAUGAAAUUAUUGACACCUACAGCUUUCUUGAUAAUAGUUAUUCUACAGAUACAUUACUUCCAUAAACCAUUCUUAGCUUAUAGUUCACUCACUAGAUACAAGAAAGAUGAACCAGUGGCUGACCCCAAUGUAACAGAUUAUACUACUGAUGAAACAGGCAAUACUACAACUGAUUCUGAACAUCAUCUUAACAGACGCACAAAACGUAAUAAAACCUGGGCAGUUGUUUCUGCUUUCCUCUGGCGUCUGUCUGAAGUACAUUUCUUCAAGAUAGUUGUAUUAAUAAUAAUGUUGGUGUCUGUUACAGAAGUAUCAGCUAUAAGUGCUAUAUAUGUAUUACUAAUGGCAGUAUUUAUACCAUUAUCAAAAUGUCAUAUAGUACUAUCACAUAUAGUACAAUUCUGGACAUCAUUAGUACUACUAGCUAAAAUGUUAUACCAACUUAGACUUGUCAAGAAAGACUAUUGGAUUACUAACUGUACAAGCCCAAUGGAUGUAGGUAAUACAUCUCUAUCAAGUAUGUUACAAAAUGGUACAGAAGUAGAUAAUGCUCUGUGGGUUGGUCUAGCUAAAAUAUCUAAACUAGAUGUGACCAUCUCUUAUUAUAUCAGUAAUUAUCUACUGAUAUUAUUGUUAGUAGCUUUUGAAAGCAUAGUUCGAUAUCAUCAGAUACAGAGGUACCGACAUGAACAAAUAGUCAAACCUAAAACUGGUAUCGUGUUCCCAGAAAUCAAACGAGAAGAUGCUGAUAAAGGCCUGAAAAAUUGUAUCAUGUACUUUUUCAAUUAUGGCUUUUAUAAAUUUGGAUUAGAGAUCUGUUAUAUAACUACAGCAGCAACUAUUUCUAUCAGAGCUGAUGCCUAUGCUGUAUUAUAUGCUAUAUUUCUGGGUAUAUUGUUAUUAUUGAGUCGCCGUGGUAACAGUAGGAUCUGGCCGUUAUAUACCAUUGUAUUAGCUAUUUUAUUGCCCCUACAAUACCUGUCCUGUGUUGGCUUCCCUCUUGGAUUAUGUCUCAAAUAUCCAUGGAAACAUGAAACAACCUUAGACCAGAAUUUAGAACAGUGGUUAUUUUUACCAGAUUAUGCCUACCCACCUCAUCCUUUUAAAUUGCUUGCUGAUUUUAUCCAACUAUUAUUUGUAUGUCUACAAUGGCGUGUAUUUAGAAUAGAAAAUAGACAGGAAGUACAGGAUGAAGGGGGAGAUAAUCAAGAUAUUUUACCAGAAGUAGAAGCUAAUACACCAAUACCAGCUCUCUAUAAUGAUUUUACUGCUUCAACUUUGUCUUACCUAGAUGUAAUCAAGUAUUUUGUAUUUGGGUACAUGUUUUGGGUAACAUUAGCUAUAGUAUUUCUAACUGGUUUAACCAGAAUCAAUCUGUUCAGUAUGGGCUAUGUUAUUGCUGUCUUCUGCUUUAUGUGGUAUGGCCAAGAAUUUCUGUUAAAACCGUUAAGGAAAUUACUCAGAGGAUGGAAUAUACUAUUAGGUUAUACAUUCUGUGUUUUAUUUGCUAAAGCUGCUUUACAGCUGGUAGGAUGUGUGUAUAUUAAACAUCUAUAUGAAAAUCAAUGUUGGUUAAUACAGUUAUUGGGUAUUAAUUGUUUAAUGUCAGAUAUAUCUAUCAAUCCACCUAUCCAUGUAAAAUGUGUAAUAGAAGAAGAUAAUACAGGUCUAGCAUGGGAUGUGGUGUGUUUUGUAUUCCUACUCUUACAACGACGUAUCUACAGUUCACAUAAUUUUAGACAUGUUGUAGAUGAAAUAGAGGCUCAACAUAGACUUGCAUCACGGUAUGUUUUUAAUUUUUUUUAA